AGAGACUGCGCCGGCGUCGUCAGUAGAACGUUGAGGUGUGUCUGACACAGACAACAUGGCGGCCUCCAUAAUGUACAGCCGGCUGUCAGCGGGGAUGAGGAGCCGGACUCCCCGAGCAGCUCUCAGUGGUGCUGCACAGGUGCUCAGUGGAUUUCCAGGACUGCUCGGUGGUCAUGGCUUGCAAGCUCAGCAACAGAGGAACCUUUCACUGCAUGAAUAUCUUAGCAUGGGCCUGUUGAAAGAUGCAGGCAUUGCCACACCAAAGGGCUUUGUUGCCAAAACCCCAGACGAAGCUUAUUCAGUAGCGAAGGAAAUAGGUUCCAAGGAUCUGGUGGUGAAGGCCCAAGUGUUGGCUGGUGGCAGAGGUAAAGGUACCUUUGAAGGUGGCCUCAAAGGAGGAGUGAAGAUUGUCUAUUCUCCAGAAGAAGCCAAAGACAUUUCCUCACAAAUGAUUGGGAAGAAAUUGUUUACAAAGCAGACAGGAGAAAAGGGCAGAAUAUGCAACCAUGUAUUUAUCUGUGAGCGCAGAUAUCCCAGGAGGGAAUAUUACUUCGCAAUUGCCAUGGAAAGGUCAUUUCAAGGUCCUGUGCUAAUUGGAAGUUCCCAGGGAGGUGUGAAUAUUGAAGAUGUAGCUGCCGAGAAUCCUGACGCUAUUGUAAAAGAACCUAUUGAUAUUGUUGAAGGUAUCAAAAAAGAACAAGCUGUCAGGCUUGCGGAGAAAAUGGGCUUCCCUCCAAAUAUUGUAGAUGAAGCAGCACAGUGUAUGAUCAACCUGUAUAACUUAUUUAUCAAAUAUGAUGCAUCAAUGGUAGAAAUAAACCCAAUGGUCGAGGAUGCCUCAGGAGUUGUUAUGUGCAUGGAUGCAAAGAUAAAUUUUGACACCAAUGCAGCCUAUCGUCAAAAAGAAGUUUUUGAUUUGCGAGACUGGUCACAAGAAGAUGCGCGAGACCAACAAGCAGCAAAAGCUGACCUUAACUACAUAGGACUGGAUGGUAACAUUGGAUGUCUUGUGAAUGGAGCUGGUUUGGCAAUGGCAACAAUGGAUAUAAUAAAGCUACAUGGUGGGACUCCUGCAAACUUCUUAGAUGUUGGAGGAGGGGCAACGGUUCAUCAAGUGACAGAAGCAUUUCGGCUGAUUACAUCUGAUAAAAAGGUUCUGGCUAUCCUGGUUAAUAUUUUUGGUGGCAUUAUGAGAUGUGAUGUCAUCGCGCAAGGCAUUAUCAUGGCUGUAAAAGACCUGGAACUAAGAAUACCUAUUGUGGUCCGCUUGCAAGGUACAAGAGUUGAUGAUGCCAAAGCACUGAUAACAGCCAGUGGACUGAAGAUUCUUGCAUGUGAUGAUCUUGAUGAAGCAGCAAAAAUGGUUGUGAAGCUGUCUGAAAUUGUAACUUUGGCAAAACAAGCACAAGUGGAUGUGAAAUUUCAGUUGCCCAUAUAAAUGGCUCUUAUGUUUUGUUGAAUUUGGAAAGUUUUGUGCUUAUUUUUCUCUGUCCUUUCUUUUUAGAUUUUAAUUAAAUGCUUAAUAACGUUAAAA